GAGGUGAAGUAAGGCCAUUCUUUCGAUCGUAUCAGUCCGACAUUCUGAAAAUCCGCUGCGCUCAGUGGUGGUUGACUGGUUGUUGUGGUUUGCAGGAAAUUACAGGUUGUUGUUUACGCAAAUCCAGAAUUACAUAUUUUGCUUGCUCCUGGCACAAAGGACGCUGCUACUGGAAUAAUUAACUCAUCGGAUACUCGCAGACGAACUAACCCUGUUGCCGUAUUAUAUCUGGACCCGCAGCAUAUAUGUUCGCGCAUCAAAAUGUAAUUUAAAUACGCAAUGUGAAAUAUUUUGAAUUAUGGGAAAGUGGAGAUGUGUUUUGCUGGAAUCUGUUCAGCUUAUCAGUUCCCAUUGCGGUCAAGAAGGCCAAACUUGCAGGCUUAUCGCGCAUGGAUUUAUGAGCAUCAAAUUUUUACGGUACUCUAAAGGAUAACACAAAUCAGCUUAUGCAGUCGGCGGCUGCAGCUUUUCCGUCCGAAAUCCAUGAACCAAAUGUGCCUAAAGGAUCUGAUGCUGCCAUUUUGAACCCGUCCGCGUUUUCGGAUAUUACGGAAAUGAAAUCAAAUCCUGCAGCACAGCCCGUCCAUGUUCGAAACCAGAGUGUGGAAAAUCCGCUCUUACGGUUCAAACGCCAGUUAAGUGCGAGCUGGAACAGAUUCGUUCUUAAUGGAAAGGAUCGUCGGAACGGAAAGAGUGCAUCAUCUCCGCUAGCACGAAAUCGUCCAUUAAAGGGUAUUCACGAGAGUCUUUCAAUAAGCGAAACAAGAUCAGACAGCCGAUUUCAUAGCCCAACUGAUUAUAAUUUCCUGAAACCGGAAGGGCACAACGGCAUCCAUGGUGUGCCGAAAUCCUCGAGCGAUUUCGUACUGGUCGAGAAUCGCAGCAACCGGAGCGGUACCGAUGAUAAAAUUUCGGUGGGCUCACAGGACCGUCUGCGUUCGCCUUAUCCCAAAAAGAAAAGUGGAUGGAAAAGCUUUUCCAAGCUAACUCAAAACUCUCGCACACGCAGCGUCUCCCGUUUAUUCAGUCGCAGUGAGCGAAGUGCCGAACUAUCCGACGCACUUCCGACUAGUGAGCGGAAACUACGUCCUUCCAAAAGUUUGUUUAAUUUUCGAUUGUUCGGUGCAUUAUCCAAUGAUGCUGAGUCCCGAACGGAUACACCAAAUUAUUCCUCCAUCGCUCAUUCACAAAGCCAGGUAUUCACAUCCGGCUACAUAUCGCAGUCAGAGGAUGCCGGCCAUGCCAUUCCAGCCAAGCGCUUUCGUCCGCGGCCAAAGUCUGAGAUCAUUUGUGAAUCGGAUACAAUCAAUACGCAGGCUGCUUACAGCCGACGACGGUCUUUCACUCCGGAAUCGCGACCUUUUACUACGACGUUGGAUAGCUAUAUUAAAUUGGAUCAGUUGGGCGAAGGCAGUUAUGCUAUUGUUUACAAAGGAUUCUCCGUCCGUAAUCACCAAAUAGUGGCCCUUAAGGAAAUCCGAAUCAACCCUGAAGAAGGCACUCCAUUCACAGCCAUUCGAGAAGCUUCCCUCUUGAAAGGACUGAAGCACGCAAACAUUGUCACGUUGCAUGACAUAGUUCACACAAAAGAGACAUUGACGUUUGUGUUUGAAUUUGUGCCUCACAAUCUUGGCCAAUAUUUGGACAGGCACCCUGGAGGUUUACAUUUGCACAACGCGAAAUUGUUCUUGUUCCAGUUGCUCCGUGGUUUACAAUACUGCCAUAUGCGGAAAAUACUACACAGGGAUUUGAAACCUCAAAACCUACUGAUUAACGACAUCGGGGAACUGAAAUUAGCCGACUUCGGCUUGGCUCGGGCGAAAUCCAUUCCUUCGCACACGUAUUCCCACGAAGUUGUGACGCUGUGGUAUCGACCGCCGGACGUUCUUCUGGGCUCAACCGACUAUUCCACUUCUCUGGACAUGUGGGGCGUAGGCUGUAUUUUUGUGGAACUCGUGACUGGUUUACCGGCGUUUCCGGGAGCAAAGGAAGCUGAUGACCAAAUCGAUCAAAUCUUUAGGGUUCUGGGAACAAUCAACGAGCAGAUCUGGCCUCCCGUACAAAAUUUAUCGGGAUAUCAGCCGAUGUAUCUGAAUCGAUAUGAGCCAGUAUCACUUCACGAUGCAUUUCCACGUUUUCUUACGGAUCCCGUUGCGGAAGAAAUUGCAGUCGCCUUCCUGCAGCUGAAUCCGGACAAACGUAUUUCGGCAUACAAUGCUCUUCGUCAUCAUUAUUUCGCGGAUCUGCCAACAGAUUUGCUCACUCUCCCUCCAGAUGAGUCAAUAUUUGCGUACCCAGGAAUAGGGCUCGUUCAGGAUGCCAAGAGAAAAUAAAUUCUUGCGUAACGCAUUCCUGUUUUGUAAUUAACCAGUGCUGCAGUGAUUUCGAUUUGAUGGAUGUCCUGCUAGUUUGCCAGUGGGAUCCAGGACGCAGUACAAAGAAUCUAACCGAUAUGUAACAUUCUUGUUUGUUUGAUGUUUCUUUUAUUUUGACAUGUUCUAGUCUUUCUGCGUUCCUCUGGAGCUGCUUGCUUUGUUAGUUGUUUUAGAAUGUUGUAUGCGUCACAGUAUUGUCGUGACCUUAUGAGGAGCACGAGGGGAUUGUUGUUCUUUGAGGUGGCGAUGAAAAUAAUGUUUGCUG